CAUUAAUUGAAAGAAGUGUCCGCGGAUGGCGCAUUUUUUAUCCGUCUAUCAACUAACAAGAAUCAACAAAAUUCAUUGAGCUUCGUAAUAUGAACUCAAUCUCAGCCUUCGUUGCCUUGCCUCCUUCAUCUUCGCUGCUCAAUUCCUCCAAAAUCCCCUCUUCUUCUAAAGUCACUCCUUUUGCUCCUCGUCAUGCUUAUUCGAAUCUUCAAAACACAAGGAAGAAAUGGACGAUCCUCCAAGGAAAUGGUGAGAACCAGUCGAUUACAGUUGCAUCACCAACGACCACCAACAUUGACGACGACGAUAGGACUUUGAGUUCGGCUUCGGAGGUUGUGAGGAAUUUCUAUGGAAGAAUCAACGCCCACGAUGUGGACUCUGUGGAGGACCUUAUCGCUGAGAAUUGUGUGUAUGAGGACCUUAUCUUUCCCCAACCAUUUGUGGGUCGCAAGGAAAUUCUGGCGUUUUUUCGAAAGUUCACCACUUCUACCAGCAAAGAUCUUCAGUUUGUUAUUGAUGAUUUGUCCACUAAUGAUCCCUCAUCAGUAGGGGUGAUAUGGCACUUAGAAUGGAAGGGAAGACCUUUUCCCUUUAGCAAAGGAUGCAGCUUUUAUCGAUUAGAUGUCAAUAAUGGAAAGAGACAAAUAAUGUUUGCUGGUUCAAUAAACUUGACAGAACUUUCUGUUAAAAGACUUGGCAUGUCUCAGUAUGAAAAAGCUCGCAGGAUUGCUUGUGAGUUGAUAGCAACAUUGCAUAUACUGCAAAGAUAACAGAAAUAACUCUGCAUUAAUGUUGAAACAGAAGAGACUCCUUGGACAGGAGAUAUGGGCGAGACAGUGUUGAACCAGCAAUUAAACCUGGGGAUGCAGCUCUGGCAGCAAUUAGGAGCGUGACUUGGCUUCUUAAGCAGUUUCCUCAGUUAGCAGACAAGUUAUGAUAAAAGCCAGAUUGAUAAACAUAUGCUUCCUCAACACAUGAAAAGAAAAGAAGAGGCAAAUCAAGUAUGAAAAGAGUCUGUACAGGUCAGUUCCGUUAUGUGUAUGUGAAAUGUAAUUAUAUUAGUGUUCAUUAUAAAUAGGUGGUUCAACUUGUCAAUCAAAUUGUAAUCAUAAAUUGAAUCCUUUAUAGAUCAUUUUUAUGUAAUCAUUAUAAUUUCUUC